UCUUCCUUCUAUCGGCGUUGAGAACUAUGGUCUUCAGAAAACUUCUGUGUCGGAUGCGACGGAUGAGUUUCCACCAACUCCUCCUCCGAGUAGACAGGAGCAGCUUUCACUCAUCGAAUUAACUACUCCUACUCCGGUGGACGCUAAUGAAAGAGUUACUCCCUCCGCGAACGCUGGGCAAAAACCUAGAAUGGGCACCUCAAAGAAUUCUAGAGACAAAAAUGUAGCUCCAGCUGCCGUUUCUAGACGUAGCUCGAAAACUCCUGCUGUCAAACCCAAAACCUCAGCAAAACCUGCAGCUUCAAUCUCAGCCUUGCCCGCCAUGCCCGCCAAACAAAAGCGAUCGUUAAAAAAAAGGACAGAAGAAGAGUACGACAUGGGGUUUUGUGACAUUUCCCUUUGUUCUAAGCCGAAUCAAGAUUGGAUUGGUUGCGACAACUGCAAUAGAUGGUUUCAUUUCAGGUGUGCCAAAAUAAAGAAGAGUGAUUACAAAAAAGAGGAUCCCUAUGUAUGCCCUCUUUGCAAAUACUAGACAGCAAGAAGAAAGUUUUACAACGAUGGUGAUUGGUGAAAGAGGAAAACCGAAACACAGAAAAACCAAAAAUCAUUAAUCAGUUAAUUCUCGCUUUGUUCGCCUCUCACUUCCCGGAUCUCGUAUCUCCGAUCUCGUUUUUGUGUUUUCAAGGAUUUGUUGUGUUGAUAAACCCCGUUUGAUCUGUUAAAAUAAAAAUGAACCAGAAGGAUUGAAAUUUAUACUAGUUAAGU